AUGCAGCGGAUGCUCGCUGGCAUUGGUGGCCGCGCCGGCCCUACCGCUGUAGGGCAGGAGCUUGUGAUGCUCACGGAGGAGCAGAAAAAUGAGGUGUCAGAAGAAUGGUACAAGAAGGCCCAGCAGAUGGCAGAUGAGGCAUAUGCACACCGGCUGGGCGAGUUGAAGAUGAGCGCACAUGAUGAGUCCGAGUACCGCCGCUUACUUCAGCCUGUGGAGGCACAAAUCUCUGCAUUCCGACUGGUGCUCCAAAGCCACGAGGCAAAGGAGCGAGAGCGAAGUGGGCAGAAGCAGCAGACCCAGGGGCAAAAGAAGCUUGUUUGUGGCUCAUCCGGGAAUCUCCUGGGUUCGGAACUGUUCCUCAACGUGUGCGAGCUGAUGCACGUGUCUGCGGACAAAGAUCAGCCACUGGCAUCCGCUGAAAACACGGCGGAAGCUCUUGGAAACGGCGUGGUACUUCUCACCGCCGGGGUGAUGGCGACUCUACCGGAGAGGUUGGCAAAGCAAGCAGCCCGGGUCAGCGGAGACGAGUCAGCCAACAUCGCCAAGACCGAGGAGGUGCCAAAGCCAGAAAGUCCGACAGCUGCGGAACUUGGUCUCGGGGAGAGCUCCUCGAAGGAUCAAGCCGUUGGAGGUGAAGGCGAACCGUUUGCAGAAGAAGCUGGUUGCGAUGCGAGCAAUACCUCAGCUGCCGAAGUUGAGUCUGCGGCAGAGAAGAGUCAGGCAUCAAACUCGGUGGGUCGUCCGUUAGCCGGAGAGCUUUGUUCUGGCGAUGGCCAUGAUGGUUCCCGCAGCUACUCCGAGGAUCAAGCAACACCUUCGGAGGACGCGGCAUUGUCGAGGGCAGCAGGAGCAGAGGACCAUCCCGACCAAGUCGUGCAAGGUACUUCAGAUGCCGAAGCUGCGGAUGCAGAGAGAGGCACAGAUCGGCCGACGGCGGAGGAACUUGGACUUGGUGAUGACUCGCGUAGCUACUCCCAGAAUCCAGCGUCGCCAUCGGAAGACGGGGCAUUCUCGAGGGCAGCAGGAGCAGAGGACCAUCCACACCAAGUCGUGCAAGGAGCUUCAGAUGCCGAAGCUGCGGAUGCGGAGAGAGGCACAGACGAGGUCCCGAAGUUAGAUCGGCCGACGGCCGAGGAACUUGGACUUGGUGAUGACUCGCGUAGCUACUCUGAGGAUCCAUCGGAAGACGGGGCAUUCUCGACGGCAGCAGGAGCAGAGGACCAUUCCGACCAAGCCGUGCAAGGAGCUUCAGAUGCCGAAGCUGCGGAUGCGGAGAGGGCGACGGCGGAGGAACUUGGACUUGGUGAUGACUCGCGUAGCUACUCCGAGGAUCCAGCGUCGGCUUCGGAGGAAGCAGGGUCAGAGGACCAUCCCGACCAAGCCGUACAGGGUGCCACAGCUGCCAAAGAAGCAGCUGCUCACAUAGCAACGGACGAUGUGUCGAAGUCGGAUCCGCCGACCGCCGAGCAGCUGGGUCUUGACUCCCCAAAAAACUCAAGGACGCUGUUGCCAUUUGCAGUGGACUUCCAAGAUCCUGCUAGCUCUCCCGAAAGCAAGUUCCUGCCAGAUCCUGCUUCGAUCGAGAUCCGACCAGAUGAGGCGGUGGCUGAGUUUCCGUGGGGCACGAAGCCGAUAUCCUCGGAUGAGGACAUCGCAGAAUACGAAGCCAGCUACGCGGAGACGGAAGAGGAAGGCAAGAGCUCCGUUUCUGCCCCAAAGUCCGGCAUUGCCGUGAGUGAAGAUCUGGCGCACAGCCAUGCCUCCUCAGAUCAUGCAGAUCAGCGGGGUCCGCUCCGCGCGAGCAGCUCUGAAAGCUCCAACAAGAUCACGGUGUCCGAAGACAGCAAGGUCAUCGAUUCCUCACAAUCCAGGUUUCUCCAGCCAUUGGAGGAAGCAUCUGUUCUGGAAUCAGGGUAUUCCGGUCAGUGGUCGGAGCUGGAUGCAGGCCCAAGGCAUGUGUCGAAGGAUCUCAGUGAAGAUGCAUACUCUGGAGAAUGGUCCGAGGAAGGCGCAUGA